AUGGAAGAUCCACAGUCUUCUUUGAAUUUGGCUUUUGAGCAUUAUGAAAAUGGUCAAAUAAAAGAUGCAUACAAUGGUUUUUUAGCUACAGCACAAAAUGCCAUGAAACCGCUCUUUGACGUAAAAUUUGUACAUUGCUCCAUCGUUUCAAAACCACAAAAUUCAGCUGCAUUAUUAUCAGUGUUGCAUUCAUGUAUCGAUCACAUUGGAAAGGUUAUCGAGUACCACUCCCCAACUGCUUCAACAAGUAAAAUCGCCCCUCCACUGCCACCAAAACCAUCUCAUGUGAGCAAGCCGGUCUUGCCACCUAAACCAUCUACCACUACAACCAGAACAACAACUCCUAUCCCGACAUCAGCCAAUGCAAUGAUGAUGUCGGCCAAAGACAACCACACCAAACAAGCACCACUAACACAGCAACAACAACAACAUACCCGAUCCAAUUCAUACCAGCUUGAUUCAUCGUAUCAAGACAAUGAACCUGUGCCUGAUGGAGAAAUCAAUGCCUGCCACCUUGUGCCUGCACAGACGAACAACAGCGACAGUUUAACACCACCCAACAGCUCAAGCUCAGUGGGAGGCAUCAAAUCUGAUCAUGUUCCACUUAUACCUAUACCCCCUCUUCUCACGACACAUACUGUAUUACAAGAAAAGCUCGACGCACUGGAGUCAGCAUUAAAAGAUUUCCGUGCACAGAAAAACCAGCUGAGUGGCGACAAUCUCCACGCUAAAGAGCAAGAGAUGAAGCUGAAUGAUGCUAUCGCCAAAUAUACCCCAUACGUUGCUGAAGCCAAACAUACCUUGAACCGUGUCCGUACCUUAUACAUGUGCGCUGCUACUAUCCCUAGCAUUCUUCAUUUCCAGCCUGGAUUAGUUGCUUAUCAACUGACAAGAAUUGAGUCUGCUAUCUUUCUGGCUAUUCCUCCACAGGCAUUACUCUCUCACGCACCAAAGACACCUCAUCCUCGAGUGGUUGCUUCAUCUGAUUUCUUCAAUUAUGUUACUCGCAUGAUUGAGCACUCGGUUUUGCUCCCACAAGAAGCCUCUGUUCGAGCUCAGCACAUCAACCAAUGGAUCAAAGUAGCCAGUAAAUGUCAAGAUCUUAACAAUUACCAGACGCUCAAGGGCAUCAUAUCUGCAUUGUGGACGCCUCCUGUGCAAAGACUGAAACGCACAUGGGCCUACAUUCCGAGAAAAAGCUUAUCAAGACUGGAAUCCAUGACGGAACUCAUGUCAGAAGCCAACAACUAUGGAAAAUACAGGGAGCACAUGGGCAUCGUGUCAACAUCGGUGCUCAAUGGCAAGAGCGUCAAUUUGAUUCAAUCAGAGCACUACAAGAGACCCACCGUGCCUUUUCUGGGCACCUUCAUUCACGACAUGACCUACUUGCUAGCAGCCGUGGGUCAAGCACAACAACAACAGCAGACCAAAUCGGUACAUUCUGGUCUUCCACAAAUUCCCAUAAGAACAUCUUCCAGAUUGUGCAAGGCAGAUAGCAACAACAGUUCCGCACAAUUACACAAAGAUCCUCGUAUCAGCAAGAUCCUCGAGAUCCUCCAAAAGUUCCAAUCCUCUCCACCUUACGACAGAAAGCCAAGUGCAGCCAAUGCAAAAAUGAUCACCAAGCAGCAAGUGCGACCUGCAUUAUCACAAGCCAUUCAUCGAAGCAAAUCUAGUUUUGGCCGUUUAGGAGGUGCGAUUGGUUUUGGUAGUGGUAGCACAGACGGUAAUAGCACAAGUGAUUUGAUCAACAAUCAGAAUGGCAUUUAUAAUACGGAUUGUGCGGAUGAUUUCGAUGCUGAGGAGCAACAGAGCCUCGUCACGCAGUAUCUCUUGAUGCGACCGUGGGUCAGCCAGAACACCGUGGAUGAGCUCAGUCUGUUGCGAGAGCCUCCCAGUAAUAACUCCACCAGCAACAACAACAACAACAACAACAGCAAAUAUGCUUCGGGUAGAACAAGCAGCAUGGGAAGUCAUUAUACAAGUUCCAUCAUGAGUAACACGAGCUCCUUGAUGCGCCUCAGCAACCCCGCCACGAACAGCACCUUGACAUUGGCUUCCUCGCUCAACGAUAGCUACUACAGUCGCCCUGCCAGUCUGGAUGAUGCUUACUACCAUCAAAGUCGAUCUUAUGUGUAUGGCAGAGGGUCGUCCAACGUAGGCCCACUCACAUCCUCCUCUACAUUGGAAGAUAAUGACGAUGGUGAAUUUGAAGAAGAAAAUGGUGCUACAUCUCACCAUCAUGUUGUUAUUUCCCCGCGAGAUGGAAAAUUUUGGAAUGAUCCUACCAUUGCACUGUACAACAAAGAAUCCUCUGCCGUAGCUCCUACUGUGCCUCCACGCCCAUCACCACUGCCACGCUUAAACUAA